GCUCCUUGCUUAGUCGUUCCAUAACAACUGAAAGAUACAGAACACCAACACGCAUCGAGAAUGAAGCUACUAAUUGCAAUCGUUGGCAUUUUCUUUGCCCUUUCUGGAGCUGCACUGGGCUCAAAACAUCCGAUUUGUGAUGAAGCACCGGCCGCAAACGGUGCUUGCGUUGCCUAUGAGCCACGCUUUUCAUAUUAUCCCGAGACGAAACAGUGCAAAAGGUUCAUAUUCAAUGGAUGUCCAAUAAACGCAAAUAAUUUCAUAACCAAAAAACAAUGCGAGGACAAAUGCAAGGAGUAAUAAAAUAAAAAUACAAAUAAAAGAAUAUA